GCCUGCGACGUUGAUCGCUGUUCUCUAGGAAGUUUCGAGAACGUGCACGGGCAGAGCAAGUCAGCAAGCGGCCACACGAUAUCGGCGGGCGACGUGGGCGACUCGACUCAGUUCAGUUCAGUACGUGAAACGUCGAAACGCGGACGCGGGUGGCGGAACGAGCGUCGUGCAAAACGUGCGCGGUCAUCAUUCGCAGCGACACUCGCCUCGCCGUUUGCGUAGCAGAAGCGUUUUUAAACUAACACAAACUACUUAACACACCGCGAAAAUGGUUAAGGAGACUACAUUUUAUGACGUGUUGGGCGUGAAGCCUGGAUGCUCGCAGGAAGAUUUGAAGAAGGCCUAUAGGAAGCUCGCUCUGAAAUAUCAUCCCGAUAAGAAUCCCAAUGAGGGCGACAAGGUUCGUAUGGAAAAAAAAUUCAAGCAGAUUUCCCAGGCGUACGAGGUAUUGUCGAACCCUGAGAAGAAGCGUAUCUACGAUCAAGGUGGCGAGCAGGCGCUGAAGGAAGGCGGUAUGAGUGGUACUAGCUUCUCAUCUCCCAUGGAUAUCUUCGACAUGUUCUUUGGCGGGGGAUUUGGCGGACGGGGCAGGGGGCGGAGGGAACACCGUGGUCAAGAUGUCAUGCACCAAUUGUCAGUUUCCCUCGAGGAGCUCUACAAGGGGACUGUUCGUAAGCUCGCCCUGCAAAAGAACGUCAUCUGCGAGAAAUGCGAAGGUAUCGGUGGGAAGAAAGGUUCUGUCGAGCAAUGUACCACGUGUCACGGCUCUGGCUUGCAAGUACAAAUCCAGCAAUUAGGUCCGGGAAUGUUGCAACAUUUACAGACCAUGUGCUCAGAUUGCAAGGGACAGGGAGAACGUAUCAAUCCCCGUGAUCGUUGCAAGAUCUGCAAUGGCAAAAAGACUGUUAGAGAUAGAAAGAUACUCGAGGUUCACGUUGAUCCGGGCAUGGUUGACGGCCAGAAGAUAGUCUUCAGUGGCGAGGGUGAUCAGGAGCCGGAGUACGAACCUGGGGAUAUAGUUAUUCUUCUCGAGGAAAAGGAUCAUGAAGUGUUCAAGCGUUCGAGAAACGAUUUGAUUAUGAGAAUGCAAUUGGAGCUCGUAGAGGCAUUAUGUGGAUUCCAGAGAGUUAUCCGCACCUUGGAUGGCAGAGAUCUAGUGAUAACUUCGCUUCCCGGCACUGUGACGAAGCACGGUGACCUCAAGUGCAUCUUGAACGAGGGCAUGCCGAUUUACAAGGAUCCGUUUACGCACGGCAGGCUUAUAAUACAAUUUAUAGUCAAUUUCCCGAAGAGCAUAGAUCCAGCGGUUAUCCCGUCGUUGGAGCAAUGCCUGCCGCCGAGGGAAGAGGUUAUAAUUCCAGACGGUUCCGAGGAGUGUAUACUUACUGACUUAGAUCCCGAGCAGGAGCAAAGGCGGAGAGAUACGAGACAAGCGUACGAAGAGGACGAAGGCGGUCCAUCGCGAGUCCAAUGUGCCACACAUUAAUUUGAUUACACUAACCCUGUAAUAAACAUAGCCGUUUCUUUCAUUUCGAACUCUCUGUCCCAUUCGCUCGAUUCCGUAUCAUGCCUAAGAAAGAAACAACAUGGAUAUGUUAUAUAGGCAGUGUUCGGUGAGCGAAAAAGAAAUUGAAAUAAUUCAACUGUUCGGACGCAAGGCAGUAAGUACUAAGUUUUAUCGAUUCUUUAAUAAUAAAUUUUACCCGUACUCGCUAAAAUACAUGGUGCAAUUUUGAAAGUAAACCGAGUAACGAGAAGCACGCGUCUCCAUUGCGAUGGUCAAGUGUAUCUGGUCGAGAUGAGAAUUUCGCUUACUUUUUCGCUUAUUGAAGUUUAUAUAAUUGUGUUGUUUCUUUCUGUGAGAGAAUCGCUAAGGUGUGUACUUAUCAUUACAUAAUGAUAAGGAAAUUUAAAUUUAUUUAGAUCUAACGUAAAGCUCCGACAUCAGUCGUUACAGCAUAAUGAAAGGCAUUAUGUAUUCUCGUGGAUUUCGCGAUUGUCUCUGCUGUUUGACCAAUUGUGCUCCGAUAACCAGCUAGCAGCUCGACAGUGACUACUACAUGGCUAGAGUUAAAUUUCAUAUAUGUAUAUUUAGUUCAAUUUCUGUGAAUGAUCCGUAUACGAUUAUUUCCUCCAGAUAUUGAUAGCAGCAAGCUUGAUCGCUCCGGACCUUAAAGUCUGAAAAUUGUUAACUUGUACGGUUUUUCUAGAAUUCCAAGUAACAUCGGGGUGUAUCAAUCGAUGUGGAAACGGUAUAAAGUACGCUUGGUUAAAGCCUUAACGAUCAUUAACCGUGUUAGAGAAACUUUUCAAAGUGGGACACUAUUCCAUACUCGUAGUAUUUAAUUUUUUUCCAGUCGCUUUUGUAUACUGGCGUGUGACGAUAAAAACGGAAACAUACAAUUUUGUUUGCGGACGAUGCAGAUAAAAAAAAACCCGGAGGAAUCGCGUUUCUGUGCGUGUAUGUGUGGACGAUUGCGCGUAUUUAUAAAGCAGCUUUGUGCAAUUACGACCGGACCGGAUCUAACAACUUUUUUCUCUCUCUACAUUUUCGCCAAUGCUGACAUUUUAUUAUACAUUUUAGUGAAAUCGAUGGUUGUUGAUUCAGUAAAUUUCCUUGCUGGAAACUUACAGCGAGCAGGCGUGGUGUAUUUCACAAUGGAUCAUGUAUUUCUACAAGUUUACCCCCGGAUCGUUUUCACCGUUUGUCUUCAUCAACGCGCAUGAACAAAUGCCCUAGAUAAUUCAUGUAGAUCCUGUACUAUAUCAAAUUAAUAUACUUUCAAUACACAUUCACAUAAUUUACUGUAUACAUGGUCGUGUACUCGUCCGCAGUUACUAUUAGCGAAUUUUAAUAAAUAGCCACGUAUGUCUUGUAAUCUUAUUUAUUAUAGGAAAAAUUGGUGAUUGAUUAGGUAUCUUUUUUUUUCAGCGUCUCAAAUAAAUUUGGAACUGUACAAU